AGCUCUCAAACUCCGUCAAGCUCUCAUCCGGCUUGGGAAUAGAAACUCAACAUUUGUCCAUCGUGAUUAGUCCUGCCUCCAGACACUUUUCCAUUUCACACACUCACUUUCACCCUCUAGAACUCCUUCUGUCGAACCUGACAGCAUCUUUUCCCCUUUCCUCCGAGCCUGGUUCGCCCCUCCACUCGUCCCAACAUCUCCCUCCAUGGCUAUGGAAACGGACGUAAUUGCGAACCUCCUCGGGGACCUCCGAGAGGAGGCUCCGGAUGAGCUCCAAGUGCACUUCUUGGAGUUUGAGGACUUCUGGGAAAGGAAGCUGUGGCACGAACUCACCAUGUCACUGAUCGCAUUCUUCCAAAAGCCAGAGUCCCAGCCCUUCAGAUUACGCCUCUUCAACCAGUUCAUAUCGGAUUUCAAAAGCAAGAUCAGUCCGACACGAUACGUGGAGCUUGGACUGUUUGCCCAGAACGAGAUACAAGAUGUCGACGAGAACGUCAAAUUCAUCCAGAACAUCGCCGACGAGGUCGACAAGCCUUCAUCCCAGGACGCGCUUGUUUAUGCAUUAAGCUCGCUUGCAAACACACAGUUGAAGAAAGGGCUUGAUGGCGAUGCCAAAAAGAUUCUGGACCGGUGCCAGUCAAUACUGGAUGCACAGGAUGAUAUGCACAACACGAUACGCGCCUUCUACUACGAGGUUUACUCAACCUACUGGAAGCAUGUGAACAACAGCACGAUGUACUACCGAACGUCACUGCUAUACCUCUCCUGCAUCGACAUCGACGCGAUCUCGAAGGCUGACAAGAAAUCUCGAGCAUACGACCUCGGAAUUAGCGCACUAGAUUCCGACCAGAUCUACAAUUUCGGCGAACUUCUUCUACACCCCAUCGUCGAUUCGCUGAAGGACACGGAGGAGAGCUGGUUGCGAGACCUAAUGUUCGCAUUCAACCGCGGCGAUCUUCAAGCCUUUGACGUCCUCCAGUCGAACAUCUCCAAGAAUGCGGUCUUGCAACCACACAAGGAUUUCCUAUAUGAGAAGCUAUCGCUUUCGGCUCUGACGGAGGCGGUCUUCCGACGACCACCGCAAGAUCGAGCGAUGACGUUUGCGGCCAUAUCCAACGAAACCAAGGUUUCACCCGACCGUAUUGAGCAUCUGAUCAUGAAAGCCUUAAGCCUUGGCCUGCUGAGAGGGUCGAUUGAUCAGGUCGAUGAAGUCGCGCGGAUCAACUGGGUUCAGCCGAAGGUGCUUGACAUGGAUCAGAUCGAAGGCAUCCGACAUCGAUUGAAGGAUUGGGAUGCCAGUGUGAAUAGGCUGGGGACCUGGAUUGAAGGCGUUGGGAAGGACGUGUGGGCAGCGUGAGCUAUUCAAAAGGAAGCAUGUCUAGCAUCGGCGUCAUUUGAAGUUCCAUUUCUCAUUCACCAGGCGGGUCAGUAGAUGCAUGGAUUGACAGGGUCUGUUGCCAAUGAACACUAGAUACCAUUGUUGUUUUCCAUUAGUUGAGUGAAUUCACGUCUACCUUUUGGAUGGGAGUCUAAGCAGGCAAAAACAUC